AUGGAAACUGAGGGCUUCGUGACCGUUGACGAUAAAGCGGCGAAAGCUGCAGAGGAAGAUGAAGUUGACGAUGAGGAAUGGACGGAUUUGGAGAGGUUUCAAAACUUUGUAACCAGUCAACAUCCAUUGCGAAGACUCGUGUGUGUCCGGGGGCUGCCGGACCUCGUUAACAGCCUUGAUAUCACGGACGUUGUGCAACUUAUCUUGCAGCCGUUGCAAGCUAUUCUCAACGAUGGCGAGAGCAGCGUUCGAGAUGCGCUGGCUUCCAACCUUGCCUCGAUCGUCAAGAAUGUCAUGGAGAAGGAGAACUUGACCGAUGUAGAGCAGUUCGUGGAGUGCAUCUGGUCUGUUUCGUUCCCGCUCAUCAUCGAUCAGGAUCAGCAGGUCAGGGCGGUCGCCGAGGACGGGGUCAUUGAGUACAUAUCGUUGAUUCCCGAAGACUUGGUGAAAAGCAUUAUGCUAGAUAGCAUCCUAGGGCUGGUUGAGCAAGAGUCGGAAGACGAUCGAAUCACGGGAAUGAAGCUGCUAGGGGGCGAAAUGAGGGGAAAGCAUAUCUUGCCGCUCUUUGACAAGCUUGCGACUGAUGUAUCAAGAUGGGUUCGCAAUGCUGCAUUUCAGCACUUGGGUCCUCUCAUUGCCACACUCUCAACUGAAGAAGUGACGCCAAAGUUGCUGCAGUAUUAUUCAUCGAUGGCAACUGGAAAGGGACAAUCAGUUACGGCUGAUCACGAUCUGCCAACCUUCUGUGCAUACAACUUUCCUGCUGUUGUCAUGACAGUCGGCAGAGAGAAUUGGGUUCACCUACAAGAGGCCUACCAUGAGCUCAUCAAUGACAUUCAAUGGAAAGUUCGCCGGACGCUAUCAUAUAGCAUUCACGAGAUAGCGCUGAUUCUGGGCCCGGAACUGACGCAAGAAUCUUUGCUGCCAGCAUUGGAUACUUUCCUGCAGGACCUCGAUGAAGUCAAAGUUGGUGUGCUUCAGAAUCUUGCAAAGUUUUUCAGAGUGCUCGAUCCAAGCAUGCGAGAGAAGUACGUUUCUGUGCUCUGCAAUAUAGAGAUGGAGACCUACAAGUAUUUUGAUUCCGAGUUUGUUCAUGGCCACCUGAUGUUUGUUGGAAAGCUGGAGGUUUCGACUUCUGCUUGCGCAGCAACUAGGGGAACUUUUCAAACUAACGAGCUUUAUCCGAUGUUCAUGAAGCUCUGUCGGGACCCUGUGGCAGAGGUCCGAAACGCAUCUUGCAACCAGAUCGAUGCAAUAUUGGACCGCAUCGAUGAGCUCAAGGUGGAUUGGCGAGACGAGUUUAUGGAAGAGCUGCACGACCUUGCGACCGACCGAUCCUUCCAGCAUCGGCUCAUGUUCGCUCAGAUGUGCGGGGUGCUCCUUUCUUCGGCAGCUUUGAAAGUCAAGACAUUUGAAAAUGAUUUCUUGAAUCAUUUGAUGCCUCUCGCUGAGGACAAGGGAGUCAUAAAAGCCCUCAAGAACGACAAGGACAUCGAAGUUUUGCGCACGAUGGGGAUCGAGAUGGACGUUGGCAUAACAGCUCAGAAGUACUCGUCGAACAGCAUAUCGAAUGACUCGGAGGUGGGAGCCUUUGCAAGCAAUUCGUGUAUUCAGUCGUUAACUUUGCGUGAUGUUGCAGAUCAAUUAGAUGAGCCCUGGAAGCGAUUGUGA